GGCAAGCACCAUCACUAAUUCACUAGUACCAGCUCGGUGCAAUGCAGCACCUGUACACUUUACGUGAUGCAUAAUUGCGCAGCUUAGCCGCGGUGCAUCUGCAAUUCUGCAUCCUAGGUAAUCAACUGAUUCGUCCGCGCGCGUACCCGCACAGACACCCUGUUGCUGUCCCCGGAUCCAUCGCCUUUCUCCUUCCUCCCGUCCUUUGCCAACACAGCCACGCACACGGCACACACACAGCGCCCACGUUACCUUCUCUUUUAAGCCCCCACGCUUUUCCCUACCCUUUCCACCCCCGUCCUCGCCUCCUUGUCCUGCCCCCGGCUCUCCUUCUCCCGCUAACCCAUCCGAGCAUCGCCUUCUCCUUGGCGUUCCGCGAUCAUGGUCUGACCCGUCGCGCCUUGGAGCCUGAGCUGCCGGCGGUCGGGGGAUGGCGGGCGGUGCUAGGUGCAGCGCGCUGCUGCGCGGGUUCCUGUCGCUCUUCUUUGUCAUGUUCCUCCACAUUGGCCACGCCGGCUGCUGCUUCUCCCCAGGCCCUGCCUCGCAGCAGCACGAGGAGGACGACGCCGGCGCUGCCAGCAGCGGCAGCAGCAGCAAGAGGAGGAAGAUAUCGCCGCUCGCCUUCUCCCCGGCCGUGUCGUCCUCCACCGGUGUUGAAGAGAGGGCCGGGGCCAGGCGCAGGGGCAGGCACGUCUCGUCUCUCGCCACCAGCCUCCGGUGCUACAUACACCGCAUCUUCUCUUCCGCCGGGCCCAGGAAUGCUGUUCCGGGCGGAGAGGAGGAGGAGGAGGCCGUCACGACCACCGUGUCGUCGUCGCCGCUCGCUCAGUCCGUGACGCGGCGUCAGACGUCGGUGCUGCUGUCCACGCCGUCUUCACCGUGCGCGUCGCCGUUCCUGUCCCCGAUGUCGCCGCAGUCGCUCAGCGUCACCCCGCUCGUGCCCUGCUCGCCGCUGGCGACCAGGCAGCUGUCCAGGUCGUUCGCCGCCCGCGGGGACCUGUUCCCUUGCAAGGUGUGCGGCGAGGUGCUGAGCAAGCCGCAGCAGCUGGAGCUCCACCAGGCGAUGAAGCACUCCCUGUCGGAGCUCACCCACCUCGACUCCAGCAUGAACAUCAUCCGCAUGAUCUUCCUCGCCGGAUGGGGGCUGCCCGCGUCAGGCGCCGGCGCCGGCGCAGGCGACCCCCCGGCCGUCGGGCGCAUCCUCAGGAUCCACCACAACCCGCGCGCGCUCUCUCGGUUCGAGGAGUACCGGGACCUGGUCCGCGCCCGCGCCGCCCGCCGCUGCGCGGGCGCCAGCGGCGCGGUGGUGGAGGAGCGGUGCAUCGCGGACGGCAACGAGCGGCUGCGGUUCCACUGCGCCACCAUGCUCUGCUCCCUGGGCGCUGGCGUGUGCGGGAGCCCCUACUGCUGCACCUGCACCAUCCUCCGCCACGGGUUCGCCGGGAAGCAGGCGGACGUGGACGGCAUCGCCACGUACUCCUCCGGGUGGGCCGCGCACGCGUCGCUGCCGGAGGAGGUGGAGCGCGAGUUCGCGUUCCUGCAGGUGCGCCGUGCCAUGCUGGUGUGCCGCGUCGUGGCGGGACGCGUCGUUCGCGGCGGCGACGGCGACGGCGAUGGCGACAAGGUGGCCUACGAUUCCAUGGUGCCCGUGCCGCCGGGCGGCGGCGGACGAGGGGGGGAGGACGACGGCGAGCUGCUGGUGUUCAACCCCCGGGCCGUGCUCCCGUGCUUCGUCAUCAUGUACGGCGGCUAGCCGUACGUGGCAUGUGCAUGGAGCACUAGUGUGUAUAGCCGUUUCCCGCUUUUGCUUGUCCCGUCAUCUUCUUUUUCGUUAGGUUAGUGGGUGUGUGCCAGUUUGUCCGUCACUCGAUCACUGCCGGCGAUCGUCAACAGGGGGGGCGACCUCAAGUUUUGGCUGCAUGGCAUGGCAGUGGCACUGCACAUUGGCUGCCCCCCGUUCUGUUGCUGGAUCCGAUCGACCACUUGGUACACCAUGACGUCGAGACGAGUCGAGCCCUGCCAUAUGCCCAUACCCGAUAAGUUAUGUAGCGUGUGAUGUCUUCGAUGGCUAAAUUUCGUGUUUUGAUCUUUUUCUUAAGUAAAUCAAGAUCUAACCCUGGUUUAUAAAAA